AUGUCACUCCUACACCACCACAACCUUGUUCUCCAUCUUCUUCCAUUUCUAUAUCUAUAUGUUUCAAUCCAACCAUCUUUUUCACAAUCUUUCACUUACAAUGGUUUCACUUCCACAAACACAAACAACAAAAUUACCAACUUAACUUUAAAUGGAAUUGCAUCUAUAACAAACCAAGGAAUCCUUAAACUUACAAACACAUCUUCUCAUCAUUUUGGUCAAGGUUUUUAUCCUAUUCCUAUUCCUUUUAAAAACAACCUUAAUAAAGCUAUAAAGAAAACCUUAAAUUCAUUCUCAACUGCAUUUGUGUUUUCAAUAGAACCCGAAUAUCGAAAACUAGGUGGACAUGGUUUAGCUUUCACUUUUUCUCCAACAAAAUGCAUUUUAGGAGCUCAACCUAGUCAAUAUCUUGGUCUUUUUAAUGUAACAAAUAAUGGAAAUGCAUCAAAUCAUGUUUUUGCUAUAGAGUUUGACACUGUCCAAGAUUUUGUGUUUAGAGAUAUAGAUGAUAACCAUGUUGGUGUCAAUAUAAACCGUAUGACUUCCAUUAAUUCAACUCGGGCCGGUUUUUUUGUUGAUGGGGAUUUGAUGAAACAUGAUCUUUGUUUGCAUAGUGGAAAAAAGAUUCAAGCUUGGAUUGAUUAUGAUGGUGUGACACAAGAAUUAAAUGUCACUCUUUCUUUGUUUUCAAUUAAACCAAGUAUGCCAAUUAUGUCUUUUCAAGUUGAUCUUGAACCGGUUUUUCUAGAUUUUAUGUAUGUUGGUUUUUCUGCAUCAACUGGCCUUCUUUCUAGCAAUCAUUAUAUAUUUGGUUGGAGUUUUAAUAUAAGUGGGAAAGCACAAAGUUUGGACCUUGAUAAUCUUCCUUUGCUUCCACAAAUUAAGAAGAAUCAAAAAAGUUUUGUUAGUGUGUUUUAUUGUUCUGUAUCUGUAGCCAUUUUGUUUCUUUUGUUAGGAGGUGGAAUUUAUGUUGUUAAAAUGUCAAAAAGUAUAGAUGAUGUGGCUGAAGAUUGGGAACUUGAUAUGGGCCCACAUAGAUUUAGCUAUAAAGAGCUAAAAGAUGCUACUAAAGGGUUUAAUGAGAAAAACUUGCUUGGGUUUGGUGGGUCAGGUAAGGUUUACAAAGGGGUUUUGCCCGACUCAAAAACUGAAAUCGCUGUGAAGCGGAUUUUGAAAGAGUCAAAACACGGAUUAAAGGAGUUUGUGUCGGAGAUAUCGACCGUUGGUCGGCUCCGACACCGGCAUUUGGUCCAGUUGUUGGGAUGGUCUAGGAAGAAAGGUGAGUUCUUGUUGGUUUAUGAUUUUAUGGGAAAUGGAAGUUUAGAUAAGUAUAUUUAUAAGAACCCAAAAAUGAUUUUGAGUUGGGAACAAAGAUUUAAGAUCAUAAAUGGCAUAGCAAAUGGAUUACUGUAUUUACAUGAAGAAUGGGAGCAAACUGUGCUUCAUAGAGAUAUUAAAGCUGGAAAUGUGUUGCUAGAUUUGGAGUUGAAUGGUAGGUUGGGUGAUUUCGGGUUGGCUAAGUUAUAUGACCAUGGUUCGAACGCUAACACCACUAAAGUGGUGGGUACAUUGGGUUACUUGGCUCCUGAGCUCACUCGAACAGGAAAGCCUACCACGAGUUCAGAUGUUUAUGCUUUUGGGGCUCUAUUGUUAGAAGUAGUAUGUGGCCGUAGACCCAUUGAAACCAAGGCGUCACCGGAGGAGCUGAUUUUGGUUGAUUGGGUUUGGGAUAAGUUGCGAGAAGGGGUUUUACUUGAGGUAGUGGAUUCGAGGUUGAAUGGUGAGUUUAAUGAGGUUGAAGUUAUGGUGGUUUUGAAGCUUGGGUUAUUGUGUUCUAGCGAUGAACCAUCAUUUAGGCCGAGUAUGAGACAAGUGAUUGCGUACUUGGAACAGAAGAUGCCCUUACCGGGGGUUUUUGGUCAAUUGUGUGCUGAUGGUGAGAAGGAGGUUUUUGUGGUGGAGUUUGAUCAUUGUGUGCCUUUUAGUUAG